AUGCGAUCAUCAUGGCCAGCCGCCAGCCCCACUCUGGUGACAACAGGGUUAGCAGGCAGAACCUCGCACCAACCACUAAAGACAUCAGGAGGGAAGAGACUGCACAUUUGACCUGUGGCUAGGAGCUGAGGCGCUUGGGGCCAGCCUACAGCAGAGAUGACAGGAGACUAUGAGAGGGAGCCACCCAAUGGGAAGUGCAAGCAGGAGGGGCACAUCUGGGGUUCCAUGCGGAGGACAGCUCUCAUCCUGGGCUCUGGGCUCCUGCUAUCGGUGGCCUUCUGGAACUCUGUCACAUGGCAUCUUCAGAAAUUUUGGGGUGCUUCCGGAUACUUUUGGCAGGCCCAGUGGGAGAGGCUGCUGUCUACAUUUGAAGGCAGAGAGUGGAUCCUCUUCUUCAUAGGUGCGGCUCUCGUGCCUGUGCUGUUCUUCUGGGGUUUCAAUGGGCUUCUGCUGGUGGUGGACAUGACUGGAAGACCCAACUUCAUUGCCCGUUACCGUAUUCAGCAGGGCAAGAACGAGCCGGUGGACUCUGGGAAACUCCGCCAGGCUAUCCAUACUGUUCUCUUCAACCAGUCCUUCAUCUCGCUCCCCAUGAUAGUCUUCCUCUACCCCUUCUUCAAGUGGUGCGGAGACCCCUGUCGCCGAGAGCUACCUACCUUCCACUGGUUCCUCCUGGAGCUGGCCCUCUUCACCCUGACGGAAGAAGUCUUGUUCUACUACUCGCACCGGCUCCUCCACCAUCCAGCAUUCUAUAAGAAAAUUCACAAGAAACACCACGAGUGGACAGCCCCCAUUGGUGUGGUCUCCCUCUAUGCACACCCUAUAGAACAUGUGGCCUCGAACAUGCUGCCAGCCAUGGCCGGUCCCUUAGCCAUGGGCUCCCACCUGUCCUCCAUCACGGUGUGGUUCUCCUUGGCUCUCAUCGUCACCACCAUUUCCCACUGUGGCUACCACCUGCCCUUCCUGCCUUCCCCCGAGUCCCACGACUACCACCAUCUCAAGUUCAACCAGUGUUACGGGGUGCUAGGGGUGCUGGACCACCUACAUGGGACGGAUGCCCUAUUUAAGCAGACCAAGGCCUACGAGAGACACAUCCUUCUGCUGGGAUUCACCCCACUCUCUAAGAGCAUCCCUGAUCCCCAAAAGAUGGAGUAAGGACCAUCCUGGCCGUCACCUACACAUGCACACAUCAGGAUUCCAAGAUGGCCCGGACCUCGUCACUAACUCCAUGAUCUGACACCCUUGCCUGCACCAUCACGGUGGGAGGACAGCCAGGGUAAUGGCUUGGGUUUCCCUCAAACCAUUGCCCUUGUUCCAUUACAGUGCCAGGAGUUGGCUCCAAGAACAGGAAAAACAGGUCCCCAAGCUGGGUCCCAGCCAGAGGGAAAAACCCGUUGUAACACCCCUGGCCCGUCCCUAGUAUCGGCUGCGGGAGGACGGGGUCCGGGCAGCUUCACCGCACAGCCCAUGCGGCCUAGGCAGGGAGCCGAAAACGAGAGGACAGUGGAAUGGGGACCUCAGGGAAGUAACACUACUUGUCUCAGAGGUUGUGUUACAUCCUGCCAAAGCCAGGACUCCCUGGCAAAUGGCUAGUCUUGACACUGCCAUGCUUCCUUGCACACUGCAGCCCAUGCCCUCCUUAAAGAGAACUGAAAACCAGCAGUAACUCCUCCCUACAAUAGUGCACACCCCAAACCCAGCACCCGAGCUUUGUGGGGAAACCAGGAUGCUCAGCUGGGGCCCUAUCACCUACCAGGAAGGGCUAGCCAUUGCCCCAUGGGGACAUCCAACUGGUACCCCCAAGUAACCUUCACCCCCGCCCCCAGGUAGCGUUUCAUUGUAGCUCAGGCUGACCUGAAAUUCACUAUGUAGUCUCAGGGUGGCCUCGAACUCAAAGCAAUCUUCCUAUGUCUGUCUCCGGAGUGCUGGGAUUAAAGGCUUGCACCACCACACCCGGCUAAAAAAAUAUAUAUAUAUAUAUAUUUUAAAAAACAAGAAAAUAGAUAUGCUGGGAGUAUAGUUAGAAUAAUACCGAUCAGUUUUAGGUAUGCAGUUUGUUGAAUUUUGCUAAACAUCUGUAAUUCCUUUGUAGCCAUCACCAAAACAAGACAGAGAGAGCUCUUUUGUCAACCAAAACUAUUCCUAUGCUGGCAAAUAAAGAAGUCCCCUGACCACACACCCCAGAUAAUCAUUCAGUUAAAAGAAUAUAUUUUCAUUAAUGUGAGAAAGUAGAAAAAAGAAAGGGUAGAAAGUAGAAAAGAGUGUGUGUGUAUAUUGGGCACACUAAGGCCUCCAGCCAAUGCAAAUUCCAGACGCAUGCACCCCCUUGUGUAUCUGGCUUAUGUGGGUCCUGGGGAAUCGAACCUGGGUCUUUGGCUUUGCAGGCAAGCACCUUAACUGCCAAGCCAAACCUCCAGCCCUUCUUCAUUUCUAAGUCAAAACCUGAGCAGGGAGCCAGGUGCGGUGACACACACCUUUAAUUCCAGCACUCAGUAGGCAGAGGUAGGAGGAUCGCCUUGAGUUUGAGGCCAGCCUGAGACUACAGAGACACUACCUUUGUGGGUGGGAAGCUGAGUAGGCCAGGAACCAAGAGUAGGUGGGAGACAGUGGCUUCACCCUUGCUAAAUCUUAAAAGCACUUAUAUUGAUUUUGCAUUCUUGCUUCUCUUGGGCCAAGAAAACUGUUGUGGCUUUAUAAAACAUGGUAACAUAGACGGGUCCAGUGGUCAUACCACAGCUCCAGCUGCUUGGGGUCUAGGGCAGAAGAGAUCACUUUUAACCCAGGUCAAGGCUAGCCUGAGCAAUAGACCGAACUCUUAAAAAAAAUUAAACCAGCUAGGCACAUACUUUUAAUCCCAGAACUUGGGAGGCAGA